AGCUGGAAAACAUUCAUCCGGCUUCUAGAAAUAAACACAUCUAGCUCAAUGCUUUCCACAACUUUAUUGUUUUAAUGAUAGACCGAAGGAGCUGAAACAGCCAUUUUAAAUCUUUUAAUUCUUGCAGCUUUAGUAUUUUUAGCCAUUUUUUUCACAUCAUAGUAUCACACAGUAAUUAUAUUGAUUUUAAUUCUAGGAGGGGAAGUUUUAGUGUGAUUUUUCUUUCCAUCAUUAAUUAUUUUUCCCCACAUAAUUUCAUAAAACUAUGGUAAUCUUGCAACUCAGAUUUUUAUUAGUUUCAUUUUUCACAAGUAUCGUGGGAGAGGCCCAAUAUGUAAUGCAAGAUGCAGUACUAAUGCAAUACAUCGACCGGCGUUUUCUAUCUUUAGAGAGCAGGCUGGAAAAAUGCAACCAAGAUAUACUGGAUUAUGUACAAGAAUUCCAUGACUUUUCAAGGAGGAUGAUAUCGCGCCUGGAGGGGCUGAAAGUUUAUAAGGCUGAGUUUAAAAAUGAAGUGGCGCAUUUGCUAACAAGAGUUGAAAGAGCACAAAGGGACAUUGACUAUUUUGAAUCAACAAGAGAAUCUACUGCCUGUGUAGAAGUAGAUGAAGACCUGGUGGAAAAGCAGCUAAAUGAAGACGCAGAAGAAAAAAGGAAAGUCAAGCUCAUGCUUAAUGCAAGCUGUGACAACAUGCUUGCAGGUAUCAAGUCCAUAAAGAUAGUUAAGAAGACUGGAGAUAUGCAUGGCUCUUGGAUGACAGAUCCAGGCAAAGACCAUCUUAAGAUUUAUUUCUUAAGUGGAUCCAAGAAUAAUGUUAUUUUGGAAUUUGCAAAUAUUCGGGCAUUCACGGAAAGGAAUCAUAAGCUAACACCACGGAGAGUUAACCUGCCAUCUUCCUGGCAGGGAACUGGCCAUGUUAUGUAUAAUGGUUUCCUGUUUUAUCACAUAUAUGGCUCCUUAAAUGAGAUAGUUAAAUAUAACAUACAGAGAAGAAAGGUAACUGAUAGAAUGCUCCUGUCGGGUGCUGGACAGAUUUCUGCCUAUGAACUGUUUCCUGAUACUAAAAUAGAUCUUGCUAUUGAUGAACAAGGACUGUGGGCAAUCCAUGCAGAGCCAGACACGAGUGGAAACCUCGUCAUCACUAAAAUCAACCAUAUGACUAUGACUGUGGAGCAUACUUGGGACACAUCAUGCAAUAGCAAGAAUGCUGAAGCAGCUUUCCUGAUGUGUGGCACCCUCUAUGUUGUGUAUAACUCUCCUAGUGGAGGCACAUCUCGGAUCGAAUGUGUGUAUGAUGUCUUAGACACUAUAAAUACUUAUGAAAUCCCCGUGUUACCUUUCCCCAAACGUCAGGGUAGCCAUUCCAUGAUACAUUAUAACCCCAAAGAAAAGCAGUUAUUUGCCUGGGCUAAUGGAUCCCAGAUCCUUUACAAACUUCAAACAAAGCAAAAAGUUUAAGAUCUUUAGAAACUUUUCAAAGAUGAAUAUUAAAAUAAGCUUAAGGUCAAUGACCCAAGUUCUCUUCUCAGUUACCAUCACGGAA